AUGGCGCAGAAGACAAACGAGACUUACGGAUACUAUACCGGCGCGUAUCCAUUCGACGAGGACCGAGCCAUAUACGGUCUAGGGCCGAACCGUGAUAUGCCUUCCCUAUGUCCUAACUGCAAGGGCAACCCAAGAGACCGAAUGAACUGCACUCAAUGUGGUGCCACGGGGAUGCUGGGUGUUCCCGGUAUUAGCGCGAGCACUGGACAACGAGACAGAAACCAGGCGACUUCAUCGGGAGGAUCGAGUUCGGGACGUGGUAGCUCCAGAGGGGGCUCGUCUAUUUUCCGCGACUCCAAGAGCUGA